CGCGACCGGCGCCUCCUGAUGACGUAUGCGGAAGUGCAGCGGGCCCCGCCUCCCGGAGUAGAGGGACUGGCGCGUCGUUUCCGGGAGCCCGGCAGCCGCGGGCACCUCUCAGGGAGUUUCAGAAGUCAAGCUGGAGGCCCCCUCCCCACGAACUGAGGGUGAUGAUAAGUGAUGGCUCCCCUCCUCCCAGAGCCCAGAUGCCCAUCCAGCCUCCAAGCAAAGACACAGAAGAGAUGGAAGCAGAGGGUGAUUCGGCCGCUGAGAUGAAUGGGGAGGAGGAAGAGAGCGAGGAGGAGCGGAGCGGCAGCCAGACUGAAUCGGAGGAAGAGAGCUCAGAGAUGGACGACGAGGACUAUGAGCGGCGUCGCAGCGAGUGCGUCAAUGAGAUGCUGGACCUGGAGAAACAGUUCUCGGAGCUCAAGGAGAAGUUGUUCAGGGAACGGCUGAGUCAGCUGAGGGUGCGGCUGGAGGAAGUGGGGGCUGAGAGAGCACCUGAAUACACAGAGCCUCUGGGGGGACUGCAGCGGAGCCUCAAGAUCCGCAUUCAGGUGGCAGGGAUCUACAAGGGCUUCUGUCUGGACGUGAUCCGGAAUAAGUACGAAUGUGAGCUGCAGGGAGCCAAACAGCACCUGGAGAGCGAGAAGCUGCUGCUCUAUGACACGCUGCAGGGGGAGCUGCAAGAGCGGAUCCAGAGGCUGGAAGAGGACCGCCAGAGUCUGGACAUCAGCUCUGAGUGGUGGGAUGACAAACUGCACGCCAGAAGCAGCGCAAAGACCUGGGACUCCCUGCCACCCAGCAAGAGGAAGAAGGCACCUCUCGUUUCUGGUCCUUACAUCGUGUAUAUGCUGCAGGAGAUCGACAUCCUAGAGGACUGGACAGCCAUCAAAAAGGCUAGGGCAGCUGUGUCCCCUCAGAAGAGAAAAGCAGAUGGACCAUGACCCUGCUCUUCAGAGCCAAGGGCCCCCUUGGAGCAGCUGGCAGCAAACCCAGGAUUUGCGUUUUCCUGCUGUAGGAAGGCAGAUUGACAAGCCCCUCGGGGUCUGUCCGGCCAGCUUCCCAGUGCUGCUGCAUGGCCUUCCCCUCCAGCUAUCACUGGUCUGGACUCCUCUGCCCUCCUCGGGGCCUGCACACUGUGUGGCCCAGAGCUGCCUUAACCAGACAAGACUGUCUUCCCUGUCCCCAGUGAGCCCACCCCCCCACCCCCACGAGAUCAGCCUUCUCCUCACCAUCCCAGACAAAGAAGAUGUGGCUCCUCUUAAGCCAAAGCAACAUUCUUCCUGCUGACCUUGGACUAGUCACUGAGCUAGUGAGCUGGGCCCCACUUCCUGGGAACUUUGAACCAGAAAUUAUAUUUUGGGGGGGCCUGUCUCUCCUGGCCGUUGUUGGAGAUGAGAAGGCAGGCUCCCCAGGUCUUCUCAAGGAGGUUCUUGAUGUCUCCCAGAUUUCAGGGACUGGAAUUAAAACCUUCCCUGGGACCCUA